UUUUUUUUCUUUUCUUUUUCGAGACAGAGUUUUGCUGUUUUGUCCAGGCUGCAGUACGGUGGUGCGAUCUCAGCUCACUGCAACCUCCGCCUCCCUGGUUCAAGCAAUUGUCUGCCUCAGCCUCCUGAGUAGCUGGGAUUACAGGCACCUGGCUAAUUUUUUUUUGUAUUUUUAGUCGAGAUGGGGUUUCACCAUCUUGGCCAGGCUAGUCUUGAACUCCUGACUUCCUGGUCUGCCUGCCUUGGCUUCCCAAAAUGCUGGGAUUACAGACAUGAGCCACUGCGCCCGGCAAGAUGUGCUUAUUUCUAAGCUGACUUUGUUUUCUCUUCAUUCACAUUACAUUUCACAGCCUCUUGCUUUUUAAAAUUCUCAUUGCUUUAAGAGAUUUUUUUCUCUUGGAAGUCUAAGGCCUGGCCUGUCGGCUUAUGAAGCCUUUCAGGGCAUUUCCUCCUGAGAAAUAUAGCCGGACAGUGCUUGGCAGAUGACCAUGGGGAGGGUUUUUUUUUUUUCUCCUGAAAGCGUGGUUCUUGCUUCCUUCUUUUUCGAGAUAGAGUCUUCCUCUGUUGCCCAGUCUGGAGUGCAGUGGCAUGAUCUUGGCUCACUACAGCCUUGACCUCUUGAGUUCAAGCGAUCCUCCCACCUCAGCCUCAUGAGUAGCGGGGACGGUGGGUGCACACCACCAUGCCUGGCUAAUCUUUGUAUUUUUUGUAGGGACAGGGUCCCCUUAUGUUGCCCAGGCUGGUCUUGAACUUGUGAGCUCAAGUGAUGCACCUUGGCCACCUAAAGUGUUGGGAUUACAGGCGUGAGCCACUGUACCCAGCCCUGAAAGUAUGUUUCAAAGGCAGUUAACACGAUCUCAAUCUAUAAAAUAAUCUAAGAUUGUCGCCGUUUUUUUCUCCCUUAUAAAAUUCUAUGCCAUUAAAAAUGAGUCAAAAGGAGACUUGCUAUUUUCAUUUGGAAAUAGAGUUAAAUGAGCAGAAGGUAGUUUUUUGUAGGAUAUGUAGAGUCAUGGUGAUAGCUGUAAACCUAACCUGAUGAUUUGCCAAGGUUUGCACCCCUACUUAAUGGUGAGAUACCUCCCUUGAAAUUUACAUACCUUUAGAAGGAAUUUGACACCAUAUGUAUUGGUCAUCUACAAGAAGACACCUUCCAGGAGUGCAAGGAGUUUGUGAAGAUACUCUUGGCUGCUGUCAACUGAGAAGUUACCUUGGUAAGGAGAGAAGCUGAUACUGUGGGUAUCUUUGACCAAGUGCAUUGACCUGCCUCUUGAAUUUGAAGCACACAUAUUCUUUGCUGCUUGAUUUGCUUGGGAAGUUCUGUGUUGCGUGAAGGACAGGUAAACAAAUGGGUUAUCUGGCUUGUUUUGGAUUUAAGAUUCAUUCUUCAUGCUGGUGAUCCUCAGACUGAUGGGCUUCAGAAUCACAUGGGGAACUUGCUUGACAUACUGUGUUGAUAAAAGUUCAUCACCAGAGUUUCUGAGUUGGGAGGCUGAAAAUCUGCAUUUUAAUUUGGGUCUCACCUAUAUGUCUCCAACUUUAAAUCAUACUUCUGGCAAGGGGAGCAUCAGAUGUGAAUCCUCUUGCAGGUCUGUCCUGCUUUGUGAAUUUUCAGCUGUUUGACAUCUUGUUUUACCUGCAAAACAUGAUGAUUUUGGCUGAAGUGCCUCUCUCACUGGGUAUUUGUUGGGAUUAGAAGGGGCAAUGGACCAAAAUAAAAACCAACCACGAAGCUAAAAAGCUCUGUAUGGACGAGGAAUCGUUUAUGGCACGAGUUCUUCAGAUGCGGUCUGAAAUUCUGUUUAUAGAUUCGAAAAAGCUUAGGACAGACAGGGCUUCUGUAUCCUGAGAAUUUGGGAGACCAUUCCUUUACAUAGGGUUUGGGUAUUUUGUAACAUAAGGGACACAUCCUUUUAAUAUUUUUCAGCAUGGUAGUAUGGACAAGUACAACUCCCUUCUGUCUUCAGGCUAUUGUUUUUAUCCUGUUUUUGUUUUCUUUUACAUGAAGAUUCAGUGUCUCAGAUUCAUUGACUUAAAAACCCAUUUUUCUUUAAGGUUUACUCUCUAGAAUGUAAAGGGUUUUGAAAAGGAAGUGGUUUUCUUUUGCUCUAGCCAAGGCGAUGUUCUGUAGUUUUUAAGGAUUUCUUUAGAAGAUUGAGUCUAAAGGACUCCUUUUGUGAUGUUGACCAGAGUUUAUUGCAAAGUCCUCAAACAAAAUGCAAGCUUUAGUCUGACCAACCUAAUCAGAUUAGCCUGCUAGCAUGUGGGUGACCCAAAUCUGACUGUUGACAACAGAGAACUUUGCUUUGAAACAAGCUGAGCCUCAGUCUGUGAUCAGUGUUGUGAGGCACCCACACAAGUUUUCUGGUCUGGCACUGUGGUAAUAUGUCCUUUUUUAUUUUUUUUGAGACAGAGUCUUGCUCUGUCACUCAGGCUGGAGGGCAGUGGUGCCAUCUUGGCAACCUCCACCUCCCAAGCUGAAGCAAUUCUUGUGCUUUAGCCUCCUGAGUAGCUGAGAUUACAGGGGUGUGCCACCAUGCUCAGCUAAUUUUUGUAUUUUUAGUGGAGGUGGGGUUUUGCCAUGUUGGCCAGGCUAGUCUCGAAGUCCUGUCCUCAACUGAUCCGCCCACCUUGGCUUCCCAAUGUGCUGGGCUUACAGGUGUAAGCCACCACACCUGGCUCUGUAUCACACCUUUGAAUUCACACAUUCAGUUUGUAAAAUUUUAAAACCAGAUGAGUUCAUAUUGAUUUCUGUAUCUUCAUGAUGCUUCUUUUUUUCUCUCUGUUUUCACAUGUGAUGGUAUUACUGAGAGUUCAGAGUUCUUCUCUGAAAGCCUGAAGGGGAGGUCAAGAGAUCAAGAGCAUCCUGGCCAACAUGGUGAAACCCUGUUUCUACUAAAAAUAACAAAAAUUAGUUGGGCAUGGUGGCAUGUGCUUGUAGUCCCAGUUACUAGGGAGGCUGAGGCAGGAGAAUUGAACCCAGGAGACAGAGGUUGCAGUGAGUCAAGAUGACGCCACUGCACUCUAGCCUGGUGACAGAAGGAGACUCCGUUUUAAUUAAAAAAAGUCUGAAGGGAUUCUGUACUCUUAUAUUGAACUUGACAAUAGUUAGAACCAUUAACCUAGAUGACUUCAGCCAAAUUAUGUCUUGUUUUUGUUUUCCUUUUGUGAGAGGGUCUCCUGCAACACAGGCUGGAGUACAGUGGCGCAGUCAUGGCUCAUGGCAGCCUCAACUUCCUGGGCUCAAGCUGUCCAUCCCAGCUCAGCCUCCCUAGUGGCUGGGACUGUAGGUGCACACCAUCCUGCCUGGCUGGUUAAUGUUUUUGUAGAGACGGGAUUUGCUAUAUUGCAGGCUGGUCUUCAGCCCCUGGACUCAAACAGUUUACCCGUCUCUGCCUCCCAAAAUGCUGGGAUUACAGGUGUGAGCCACUGUGCCUAGCCCAAAUUGUUAUAUAGCUGUAACUUGUGACGGUCUAUCUGUUUCCCCUUUGGCUUAAUCUCAUUAGAAAGUAAUGUUACCGUAGUCCUUGGAGUACAGAAGCUUUCUCUGUACUCUAUUGAGUAUACUGAGUAGCUUCAUUAAUUUGGUUAUCUAGGUGAGCAAGUCUAGCCUUAGAGUCAAAUUUCUAGGCUCCUCAAUCUAGAACCUUAAAUCUUGAGGUAGAGUUGUGUGUGUGUGUGUGUGUGUGUGUGUGUGUGUGUGUAUCAAAAUUUAAAUAACUUGUUUCCUCAGUACUGGAGGCUCUCAGGUUCUGGAGUGUGAAAUGGAAAUAGCCUUCAUAGACAUGUUUCUGAGUGUGAGGAGAGGUAGUUCUUUGUCCUGUGACCAUUUGAAAGCAAACCAGAUUGCCCACCAAUGCCUAGAACUUUGUAAGUGGCAUCAAGAGAUAGACUUGUAAAAUGAUCCAUCAGCAGUUUGGGGCUGAGCACCGUGGCUCAGGCCUAUAACCCCAGCACUUUGGGAGGCCAGUGCAGGAGGACCGCUUGAGCCCGAGAGUUUGAAACUAACCAGGGCAGCGUAGCAAGAGACCCUGUUUCUAUUUAAAAGAUCAAAAAUGGUUUUAAAAAAAGCAGUUUGGAAUGCUACAUAUCCUGGCUUAUUUACUUUUUAAAAAUUUCUCCCUUAAAUUUUUCGUGGUUGACUUUGAGUGUGUUCUGGGUGCAGAGGAGGAAGAGUAAUUUAUUCCAUGUGCUGAUGGCUUUCAUUUACUUUCCAUUUUGGCGGUAGAGUGGGAUGUGGGAAGCUUUUGUUAGGUGAGAGUCAGUCUCUCAGGGUAAAUCUUAGAGCUGGAUUUAUGGCUUUUACUAGUUACUCUGUCUCCAGUGGAGACAGAGAUGUUUUUAAGAUUUAGCUUUAAUGGAUGAUGCACAAAUUGCAAUGCAGACUAUUGAAUUUAAGUCCAAGAUCAAGCAUACAAGUGGGUAGACUUAACAUAUGAAGGGGUGUAUGGCUGGUACCCAUCUCUGACCUUUACUGAAUAAAUGAGGGAGACAGUGCUGUAGGUGGAAUGCGAUGGACCGAGAGUUAAGACCAGGGCCCUCUGCUAGUUCCUGCACCUGAAAUCUGCAGAGCAUGGCUUUUCAUUGGCUCAGUGAGAUGAGCCCUUCUGGUUCAGAAAAAGUUACUGAGGUCUGUAAAAGCCAAUAGGAGAUUGGAACAAGAAAGAACAGGAGCGUGCACAAGUCCCAGCAGACAUUGCGAGUGGAGACUAAUUUUCACCAGUGAAGGGCGAUUUUGAUAGAAAAGCACAGUAGCUCAGCUACUUUUGGUUUUGACUUUGAAAGAGGAGGCUUUGACAGGAGGGUAAUACAAGUGGCCCACCACCUGUUUGGCUCUUCCCCAACAGGCUGCAAGCUGUGGGGAGCGCCUUGCUAACUAGUACCUCCAUCCCUGAAUCGUCUAAGUGUAUUUUACCCAGGACUUGUCAUGGUUUAUCUGAAUGACCAGUUUCCUCUCCUCUUGCUUAUUUAUCAUGUUCAUGUUUAUAUUUUUCACAAUGGGGCCUGUUUAUAUAUUCUGAAAUACUUCUAGUGAUUUUAAGAUGCAGCAUAACUUCAAGGUCAUCUGGAUUUUGGCAUUCUACUUAAGUUUUCUAAUCUGAUUUCGUCUUUUUUGUUGUUGUUGUUGAGGUGAAGGUCUUGCUCUGUUGCCCAAGCUGGAGUGCAGUGACUCGAUCUCGGCUCACUGCACCCUCCACCUCCCAUGUUCAAAUGAUUCUCCUGCCUCAGCCUCCCAAGUAGCUGGGACUACAGGUGCCCAUUAUCACGCCUGGCUAUUUUUUUUUUUUUUUGUAUUUUUAGUACAGACAAGGUUUUACCAUAUUGGCCAGGCUGGUCUUGAACUCCUGAUCUUGUGAUCCACCUGCCCCGGCCUCCUAAAGUGCUGGGAUUACAGGUGUGAGCCACCGCACCCAGCCUGUGUUUUUUGUUUGUUUGUUUGGUAUUUUGUAUUUUUUUCUGCAAAAUGUGAGAGUUAAGCUUGGGAGAAUGGGAUAAGCUAUUGUGUUUUUUGCAGGCAGCUAUGGGAUACCGCAGUAUGUCCCUCCCUCCCCCUUAAUUUUGAAGCCUGAGAGAAGAAGUAAUAUUUUUUUUUUCUUUUUUGGUAAAGAUGGGGUUUCACUGUGUCACCCAGGCUGGCCUCUAACUCCUGAUCUCAAGUGAUCCGCCUGCCUUGGCCUCCCAAAGUGCUGGGAUUACAGGCCUGAGCCACCGUGCCCAGUCCAAAGAAGUAGUAAUUUUAAGAUUCACUGUAGAGUGAAAUAAAUUUAUUCUGAAAAAUUUCUGAGAGUUGGCUGUGCGUAGUGGUCUCUCAUGAGGUCGAGAGAGCAAGACCAUUCUGGCCAACAUGGUGAAACCCCAUCUCUACUAAAAAUACAAAAAUUAGUUGGGUGUGGUGGCGUGUGUCUGUAAUCUCAGCUAUUUGGGAGGCUGAGGCAGGAGAAUCGCUUGAAUAUGGGAGAUAGAGGUUGCAGUCAGCAGAGAUCGCGCCAUUGCACUCUAGCCUGGCAACGGUGUGAGACUCUGUCUCAAAAAAAAAAAAAAAUUCUAGGAGUCUUUAGCUCCCUGACCUAAUAUCCUAAUAUUUAAUAUUUUCCCUAGUCAUUAAGAAGUGCUUUUUGUUGUUGUUAUUUUCCAGGCAGGGUCUCGCUCUGUCACCCAGGCUGGAAUGCAGUGCAGUGGCAUGAUCACAGCUCACUGCAGCCUCAACUUCCCAGGCUCAAGGGAUUUUUGAUUUUCCCACCUCAGCCUCCCAAGCAGCUAGAAGUGCUCAGCUAAUUUUUUAAUUUUUGUAGAGACAAGAUCUGGCUAUGUUGCCUAGGCUGGUCUCAAACUCCUGGACUUAAGCAGCCCUCCUCUCUUGGCCUUCCAAAGUGCUAGAAUUACAGGCAUGAGCCACCAUUCCUGGCCAAUAAGUGCUUUUGUUUGUUUGUUUUUUAAGUAGCUGCUGAACACAGGAGAAUCUGCCUUUUUCUUAAAUCGUGGUUUUUUGAAAUCAUUGGCAUCUGAACCUGUAGCUCUCUCUGGCAGUGUUGUGUGGUUUUAAAUGUCAUGUGAGCUGAGUUACUGACCUCAACCUACUGACAGCUGAAGGUGUGAUCCAGUGAUACCAGUCUUGAGGGUCCCUGCUACUUCUAGCAGUCAGUGACUUCUCUUUUGUUUAUUUUUGUUUGAAAAAGAUAAGGCUCACUUUUUGGCUAUGGAGUGGCAUCUUGAAAUUUUUGACAAGUUACAUAGAGCUGAAAAGCAGGAUACAAGUUUGACAUCUGAAAAUCACAGUGUUGGGGCUUGAAAGGACAGUAUUGGCAUUGCAGCUAAGUGGGAGUGUGAGGAAGUGCCUUCUCUAGGGCAGGUCAUUGCUUCUGUUAAUGUGAGUUGCCCCUUCCAGUCAGAAUUUCCUUAGUAUUAGCAAGUGACGCCUGAAUUAAUCUCAGGUAUGACUUCUAACUCUGCAAGAAUUAUUUUUGUGCAGAGGUUUAGGAGAUUUUUCUUCUGAAUGUCCUUCCCACUUGUUUUAUUGUUACUGUUUUUUUUUUUUCUCUUUUUUUUUAAUUUUUUUUUUUUUUUUUUUAAAUAGAGACAGGGUCUCACUAUGUUGCUCAGGCAGGUCUCAAACUUUUGGGCUCAAGGAUCCUCCUGCCUCAGCCUCCCAAAAUCCUGGGAUUAUAGGCAUGAACCAUUGUGCCUGGCCCUGUUACUGUUUUUUUAACCUGAGUUACUUACGAUCAUAUUUUCAUUCUUUUUUAAAAAGGUGGGAGUUUUCUGAACUUUUCCUUAAUUAAAAAGUGGGAUCAUCUUAAUAGUUUCCUUUUUUUAAUUCAUGUUUCUUUCCAGGUAGGGAAAAACAUCUUUUUUGUGACAGAAUUUAACAUAUUUUAGACCAUAUUAAAAUAUUCAUAAAUGUAUUAACCAGUGAAGAUAGUUUAUAGUGAAAAAUAUAUACCAUUUGAUUAAUAAAUGUGUUAUUGGAAAAAUGAAGAAAUUGCUGUAAGAAUUGCUAACAUUGUAUUGGAAAAUGAAUGUUCUAAGAAACAGUAGGAAACUCAUAUUUAGGGCCAUCAACCUUUUUUUUUUUUUUAAAUCCCUUCUAAUUUAUUAAUAUCUAGUCUAAUAAACCCUGAUUUAUAGGACUUCUGUACCUUUUUUGACUUUUUAUUCAUCUACUCUUAAUAUUAUUGUACACUAUGACAAAAUCCUUUGUCUCCAUAAUUGAUAAAAUGGAAGCAUUUUUAUUUUUGUAUGUUGGUGUUCUCAGAGUAGUAAAGGCCCACUGUUUUGUUUGGUGGUCACUUAGCAUUUGAAAACAUCCACUUCCAUGCGAAAUGUGAUUUAGCUGGGUAUCUUACAAAAUUUGGAAUCCAGGUGGCAUGGUGGCUCACACCUGUAAUCCCAGCACUUUGGGAGGCUGAGGCAGGUGGAUCACAAGGUCAGGAGAUCGAGACCAGACUGGUCAACAUGGUGAAACCCCGUCUCUACUAAAAAUACAAAAAUUAGCUUGGAUGUGGUGGUGGGUGCCUGUAUGUAAUCCCAGCUACUUGGGAGGCUGAGGCAGGAGAAUCGCUUGAACCCAGGAGUCGGAGGUUGCAAUGAACUGAGAUCACACCAUUGUACUCCAGCCUGGGUGACAGAGUAAAACUCUGUCUCAUUAAAAAAAAACAAAAUCUGGAAUCCACGUUCUUGACUGAAAUCUCCAUACACUUGACUUUCACCAACUUGUUUGCCAAAUUGCGCCGUGGACCAAGAUUGCAGUGGCUGCAGCAAGUCUAAGCCUGCCCUGAAGUCUGGAUUUGUAAGUCUCCCAUCUCACAUCUCUUGUCUCCUUCCUAUUUUUAAAGAAUUAGAGCUUAUGCAGAGGGCAGAGGAGCCACUGUGCUUUCGCUGUCUUGGAGCCAGCUGGCCUUUUGGUUUUGGUAAAGGCUGUUUUUUAUAAAAGGACUCCCUGGUGUCUUCCAGUUUCCCUCCCCUUGUUUUAUGUAUGAUUUUGUAUCUGUGCUUGUCCUGGCUGUUUGUGCUUGUAGCUCCUUUCCCUGUCUGCUCUGUAAGUUCAUCAACUUCUUCAAUAAAAGAAAUGUUUCAAAUUGGAUGAAAAGUGAUUGUGUGCUUAUGGUUUGUGGGAUGGGUUCUGAUGCUUCAUUUUUGUUCUUCAUAUGGAAUUCUGUCUCAUUUCCCUGGUUCUAAAUGUGACCAGCAGACCCAGAGUUCCACCUCGACUUCAUAAAGGAGCUGUCUUGGACUGGGAACAGUUGCCAAGGUCUUUGCCGAGAUGGAAGUUGGAAAGUGAUAGCACUUUGCCAGCAAGAUAACUGGGGAGAUCGAAUUGAGUCAGGGUCAAGACUAAUGUCUUCGGAAGACUUAGCAGAGAUCCCUAAACUCCAAAAGCUGUCCAUCCCACAUGGCUUCCAGAACAAGGAGGCUGUUAGCUCCCCGACACCAUCCGGCCCCCUUAGCCAGGUGCUGGACCUUCAGCAUGGGUCCCAGCUGUUUACUGAGGCACACCUGGCCGAGAUAGAGAAGGUGUUUGAGGAGGACGUCGGCAUAACUGGAGCCCUGGGCAUGGACGCCUUCAUCAAGGCCAUGAAGAAGGUUCCGAAUAGUGUGUCGGAGGACAUGCUAAAGGAGCUGUUUUUGAAGGUGGACUCGGACUGUGAAGGCUUCAUCAGCUGGCAAAAGUAUGUGGAUUACAUGAUGCGAGAGUUCCAGGGAAAGGAGGACAUGCGAAAGAGCCAGUACUACCUGCACUUCCACCUCCCCAUGAAGGUCGUCCCCCUGAACCAUGGCUGUGAGGUGGUGAAGGUGGCAUUUUUAAUCCACCGGUUCAAGAAGAUUGGGUGUUUCCUGACUGUCACCAAAGAUGGGAUCCUGCAGUUCUGGUCCGAGUCCUUCUCGCUGAUCAGCUCCUUUAGGCUUAACCAGACCCAGCAGCUCCACAACCAGCCGAUGUGGGUAAUCGACAUGGUAUGUCUGCACAAUAUAAACCUCGUUGCGAUUGCAUCUACCAAGCAAAAGAUAGAGUUCUUUGAUAUUAGUGAUCACAAGUGUGUCCGGGCCUUCACCUUCAUUGAUCUGGACAGCUGUGCCCUGGUCAUGGACUACUGGUCUGACUAUCACCGAGGUGUGUUCUGCUAUGGGGACGCCAAGGGCAACGUCAUCGUCUUCACCUCCGAAAACGUGGCCAGUGGGCUAUUCAACCCCCGUAUCCUCCCCAGGGCCUCCAAGUGGGAUCACUGGAUCAACGUUUCCAUGCAGACACUCUUAAAUGAGAAGUCUGCUUUGUACAGAAGUUACUGGCUGAAGGCUCUCCAUCCCAACUGGUGUGAGCAGGUCAAGUUCAUCCCCCAGAUGAACCUGGUGGUCUCCUGUUCGGCCGUUGAGAAGUCCUCUGUGGUGCUGACACUAUUGCCAGCCAAAGCCUCUGAGAAACCCAAGUUGUCAGCACUGCAUUUAAGGAAAGGAAUUCUUUGCUUCGAUUACUGUCCAGACAGAAACUUCCUGGUGACUGGUGGCUACGAUGCCUUCAUCCGCCUGUGGAACCCCUUUGUCUUAAAGAAGUUCUUGUGGCUGAUGAAGGGACACCAGACCUCGGUGACGCACAUCCUUGUGGACAGCAGGAACAGCAGCAUCCUCAUCAGUGUCUCCAAGGACAAGAACAUUCGUGUGUGGGACAUGCUGGACCAAAUAUGCCUCCAGUCCUUUUGUGGGAAGUUUUUUGCCCUGGGAAACUGCCCCAUCACCAGCGCCUACUUCUUCGAGAAGGACAAUACCCUCAUCUGCAGCACCUACUCAAUCGGGAUCCUGAAAGGGUACUUAAAGGCCCAGGGGCCUUCCAAAGCAAGGAAGAUGACAACUCACUCCUCACCCCUGUGCGCUGUCCUCUACAGCAAGAUCUUCAAGCAGGUGGUGAGUGGCUGCCUGCAUGGCAUAGUGAGUGUGUGGGAGGUCGUGACUGGCAGGAAGACGAUGGAGUUCUCUGUAUCUGGGGGCCAGCACAUGGAGCUCACCGCCAUGGCCCUGGAUGAGUCUGAGCGCUGCCUGAUCACAGGCUUGCGGGAUGGCACGAUAAAAAUGUGGAACUACAACAUCGGCAAAUGCCUGCUGACCUUUCCCAAUCCGGACCAGCUGGAGAUUAGUGGGAUUAUCCAUAUGAACAAAGUGUUCUACGUGACAGGAUGGAGUAAGAGAGUCACUUAUUUCCUGUUCCACAAGACCAAGCAGGUGCUCCUGUGUGACCACUGGCAGACCUACCAUGUGCAGGACAUCCUGAGCAUGGCCAAGUACCAGAACCAGUUCCUCGGGACCUCCUCCUACAGUGGAGACAUCCUCUUCUGGAACACCAGCACACUCAAGCCCAUCUUCAGCUUCAAUGCCUCUAUAAGCCCCUUGCCCUUGCAGCCCAAGAGGGCACAAGAUGCGAACUACUGCCUGGCUGAGAGCCGGAGGCCCAGCGGACCCUGUGUGGAACGGGAGAAGUGGGCGUACAAGACCCGCAAGAAGCUCUCUAGUCUCGGCCCCAAGUCUGGGGCCAGUACCAACCUGAGGCAGAGCCUGGCGUCGGCUCCCCCAGUGAUGAGGUUCCCGAGAGACAAGAAGUCAGACAGGCCUGUGCCCCAGCAGAAACCUUCCAGUGCUGCUGGCUCAUCCAGGCAGCCAAGCAAGAUCCAUAGCCAACAGUCCCUUUACAAAGAGGCUGAAACGAGGAAAGGAGAAUUGCAGAAGAAUUUGUUGCUUCAAUCCAGUGCCUCAGUGGAGAAGAUAAUCUUCCUGCAGACCAGGCCUCGUCUGCCACACACGGCUGCCCUGCUGAGCAGCUGCAUGGAUGGCUACCUCUAUGCCUGGUCCAUCCACGGGAAUGGGGGCCUGCUGGGGAAGUUUCCUGUGGACCUAGACCCUGGGGACGUUGUCGUGGGUGCCAUGGCCACUGAUAAAAAUGACUGGAUCCUCAUCACGGGGGAUUGUAGAGGAUACAUCAAGAUCUGGGACAUCAAGGAUUACUGCACAUGCCCUGAUAAACAGCCAUUCCAAUCCAGUGGCGCCAAGGUUGUCCCUGAAGCACCCAACAAGUUCCGGUUCUUAAUUCCUCAGCAGGUUGGGACCAGCUUCCCAUCCUCCGUCCCCUUGGAGGAUAAAGAGGUUGUGGCUGGUCAUACCAUUUCCCUGGUUCCCCCAAUGCUCCUGAUUACCUGGAAGGGCCAUUUGGAUAGUGUGGCAGACAUCCUGUAUGUGGAUGACUUCCAGCUGGUUAUCAGCGCUGGCCAGGACCGGGAUGUCAAGGCUUGGAAGCUCUCCGGUGAUGCCAUUGGAACGUUUGGCCUGAGCAUGUGGAAAAGACUACAGGAUGCCCAUGAUGGUCUUCAUGAACACAGAGCGGGCUUAGAGGAGGAGGGCAGAGCUGGCACCUCCUGGAAGGCCUCCCAUCUGGAGCUGCAGGAGCAGCGGGAUCUGGCCAAGGCCCUGAUAUACCAGCGGCGAGAGCAGGCGGCGCUGAUGGCCCUCCUGCAUGGGAAGGCAGAUAAGGAGGCUGACGCUUGGGCCAAGCUGCAGAAGAUGGCCCUGGUGUCCCCAUGGGCCGGAGAACGCCCCUUGGAAGACAUUGAGGACAGCUGGAGCAAGUGGGAGUCCAGGGACAAGCAGGUGAGCACAGUCCUGGGAGCGGCGUAUAAGCCCAAGGAACGCGUGCGGAAUACCAGGUUCCUGUCCAGCAGUGUGCGGUACAGCUGGAUGAAGCAGCAGAUCUCGCCCCAGGUUUACCGAAGCCUGCACUUCAGCGAGCUGACGCCCACUCAGCAGCCCGACUUCCUGACCGGCAGGGGCCCCGACCAGCAGGACCGGCAUGUCCGCCUGGUGGUCCGUGACGUCCAGAAGGACCUGGUGCCCAGCAGGGAGCAGGCAGCGCUGGAUACCAUGGCCAGCACGCCCGUGGCUACCUCCUUGUUAUCUGUGUCUGCCUCAGCCUCCAGGCUGCCGGACUCCAGCUUGCCCACCUUCCUGAGGCCCCAGUUCUCCGUGCCGCAGCCCCAGUCGGCCUCCAUGGCCCAUUCCACCCCCUUGGUCCCCUCCCCGGUAUCUGAGUCCACCCUGCAGAGGUCAGCGACCCCCAAGCUCAUGGUCUCCUCCUUUGAGCAGCCCCCAAGGCCUCUGAAGCCCACCUCCAUGCCCUCUGUGAAGGGAGGCUCCCACGUCAGGUUCUGAGGUGCCCACGCUCUUCUCUAGUCCUCCAGCAGGGCAGCUGCACCCAUGGUGAGCCUGGGUGUCCCUGGCUUCUUCCCUCCCAGACCCUUCCCCUGGCCACCCAACUCGGCCUCUCUGGGGAAGUCCACCUGUCUCCUGACCUUGUCUUCUCUUUGGCCCCCACAAGAGAAUCUGGAGCAGAAAAUAAAUGUUCUCAGCUGUGGGCGUCCACAGUAAUGAGG